AGUGAGAGGAUACUCAUCAUCUUUGCUGAAGCGUUUCAAAGCGGAAAAAAGCUAUGGCAGCGGCGAACCGUGUCCUUGUUUACGGAGGAAAGGGGGCUCUCGGGUCGGCCUGUGUGAAUUAUUUUAAGUCGAAAGGCUGGUGGGUUGCUAGUAUUGACAUCGGAGCGAACGUAGAAGCGAACGCAAACGUCCUGGUGAAGCUCUGCGAGUCAUUCACCGAUCAAGCUGCACAGGUGACAUCAGAUGUAGCCACGUUACUGGGGGAACACAAGGUAGAUGCCAUCAUUUGUGUGGCUGGAGGUUGGGCUGGAGGAAAUUGCAGCUCAAAAGACUUAUAUAAGAAUUCUGAUAUGAUGUGGAAACAGAGUGUCUGGACCUCCACCAUUUCCAGUCAUCUUGCAUCUCUGCAUCUGAAACCAGGAGGUUUGCUGACCCUCUCUGGAGCAAAGGCCUCACUGGAUGGCACUCCAGGCAUGGUUGGGUAUGGCAUGGCCAAGGCGGCGGUCCAUCAGUUGUGCAAGAGUCUGGCUGGUGAAGACAGUGGUCUUCCGUCUGGAGCUGUAGCUGUGGCCAUCCUUCCGGUUACCUUGGAUACACCAAUGAACAGGAAAUUCAUGCCUGAUGCAGAUUUUGGGAGCUGGACACCUCUGGAAUAUAUCGCAGGAACCUUCUACAGCUGGGCCACUGGGUCAGAGCGGCCAGCCUCAGGCAGCCUCAUACAACUAGUGACGACUGGGGGGGAAACAGAGGCCUCGCUGGCACAGUAAAGGAAAAAAGAGAGAGAGAGAAAGAGCAGAGGAGAGCAUUGUUUACUAAUACUGUGCAGCAGAGGAGAGUGUUCAAACAAAAAGGACGGAAAAUGAGAGAUUUCCAUUCAUCCAGCCUCACUGGGUAUACACAGCACAGUGUCUCUGGGUGGACAAAGUAUUAACUUACAUGUUUUAUAUUGAUUCAGUCUCAUGUGUUAUACAUUAGUCAAGCAGAAUAUAGUUGAUAAGUGUAAUUUCCCUGCUGGAAACGCCCCCCCCCCCAAAAAAAAACCCCAGCUUAAAACAGAAGUUGUUGUGCUGGUUUUCAUCUGGUCUCGUGGCUGGUUUUAGAAAGGUUGUGAGACCAGCUAAAGACCAGCUUGACUAGGCUAGGACAAGCAGUUAGGACCAGCAAACCAGCAGGGGUGUCUUAACAAAUGUUGUGCCGCUGUCGUAUUUGAAACAUACAGUCCAACUUUUUCGGAAGUGGCCUUAUCUUGUGUUUGUGUACAGUAAGUGUGAGUGUGUAUGUUUACUGCCUGAAAUGAAGUCAUUGAAAUGAAAUCAUGCUCUGUUUUAAAAAAUAUUCCCUCUCCAGUGUGUUCUGGUGCUGCUUAUUGUGUGUAUACCAUACUUGCACAAUAAAGAUCAUUAAAAAUAA